AUGGGGUGUGAAGUGGGUACUGACUCAUCGUACCAUUGCAGCGUCAGGCAGUCUAGAUGUACUGGCUGGGUAUCAGUACUUGCAAGGGAGUUGGAGGCGGCACUGGUGGUUUUGGAAGCGGAAAAGGCGUUGGCAGAGCUGGCGGUGGCGAAGGUGCCGGUGGUAGUAGAGAAGGGGUUGGCAGUGGCUCUGGAACGCAAAGAAGGUGGUGUAGGAUUUUGGAGGGAUGAAAGGGUGGUUGAGUCGGAAUUGAACCCGGAAAAGGCAAUGGUGCUGGAGUGGGAUUUUUUUUGGGGUGGAAGAGAUGCAGGUAGGAGUGUUGGCAGCGGCCUAGGAGGUGGCAAAGUGAUGGGGAAGGCAAUGGCGUUGGGGGAAGGUGGUGAUGUAAGUGGAGGCUAUGGAGGUGGAGGAGGAGGAGGUGCCGGUGGCGAUGCUAGCGGCGGCGGCGGCGGAGGUGUGCCUCAAAGUUGCUUCGCCAAUAACGUUUCGGCAAAUUUCGUUUUCGGAGAUUCCUUGGUUGAUGCUGGAAACAACAACUACAUCCCUUCACUUUCAAAGGCCAACUACAUCCCCAAUGGGAUCGACUUUGGCGGCCCGACAGGACGGUUCACAAACGGAAGAACAAUCAUUGACAUCAUAGGCGAAGAGUUGGGUUUCAAGGAUUAUACUCCUCCAUACCUGGCUCCGACAACGGUUUGGCCCGUCAUCUUGCAGGGGGUCAACUACGCUUCCGGUGCAGGCGGAAUCCUUAACUACACUGGACAUUUAUUUGGCGGUCGGAUAAACUUGGAUGCACAGUUAGAUAAUUUUGAAAAUACGAGGCAAGACAUAAUCUCGGGCAUCGGCAUUUCUGCAGCCACGGAGCUGUUUAAGACAGCCCUCUUCUCGGUCACCAUCGGAUCGAAUGAUCUCAUCAAUAACUACUUGACGCCGGUGGUCUCCGUGGCUAAGCAGAAAUUGAUAUCUCCAGAAGUUUUCGUAAACGCAAUGAUCUCCAGAUAUAGACAGCAACUUGUGAGACUUUAUGACCUGGGUGCAAGGAGAAUCGUCGUAGCAAAUGUAGGACCGAUAGGUUGCAUACCGUACGAAAGGGACACCAAUGGAGCUACCACAGAUCGUUGCAUCGACUUCCCGAACCAGAUGGCUCAGUUAUUUAAUACCCAAUUGAGAAGCCUUGUUGUAGACCUUGGCUCAAGUCUGCAAGGAUCAAAAUUCGUCUAUGCCGACGUGUAUCGCAUCGUACAAGACAUUAUCGACAAUUACGUUUCAUACGGUUUUGAAAACCCAAAUUCGUCAUGCUGCUACGCUGCAGGUCGGUUUGGGGGUCUGAUACCUUGCGGUCCGCCUUCUAGUGUUUGCCCGGACAGGUCGAAGUAUGUCUUCUGGGAUCCAUACCAUCCUUCGGAUGCUACGAACGUCAUAAUUGCGAAGCGUCUUAUUGAUGGUGGAGUUCAAGAUAUCACACCGAUGAAUAUCCGGCAACUCGUUGAAACCUGAUCAAAUAA